AUGGCAUCAACAUCAACAAAGAAGGUGAAUCUCAAGAGUAAUGACGGUGAGAUUUUUGAAAUCGACGAAGCAGUGGCUGUGGAGUCACAAACGAUCAAGCAUUUGAUUGAAGAUGAUUGCGCUGAUGAAACCGGAAUCCCUCUCCCAAAUGUAACCAGCAGGAUUCUGGCAAAGGUGAUUGAGUAUUGCAAGAAGCACGUGGAAGCACCGAAAAUUGAUGAAUAUGGAAUGCCUGUUGACGGGAAGGAUAUGAAGAAGUGGGAUGCUGAGUUUGUGAAGGUUGAUCAGGAUACACUUUUUGAUCUUAUUUUGGCUGCCAACUAUUUGGACAUCAAGAGUCUGUUGGAUCUUACAUGCAAGACUGUGGCGAGCAUGAUGGAUGGUAGGACACCGGAUGAGAUUCGUAGGACUUUCAACAUUAAGAAUGACUACACUAAGGAGGAAGAACAGGAAGUUCGUCGCGAAAAUCAGUGGGCUUUUGAAUGA